AUGGGCCAGUUUGGACGCAUUACAUUGGUCAAUGGAACAUACUACGCGUGGAGGCUGGAUCCACAUAUCGACGCCACUCACCAGGUCUCAACGAACAUCAUCCCCCACACGAUCGCGCCAGGUCAAACCGCCGAAAUCCUCCUCGACUUCCAGCAAGGCCUCUUCACCACCCGCAGCGACACCCAAGUCCGCCGCGUCUACAAACUCGAAGGCACAAGAACCAACUGCUCCUUCCAACUCCUCGUCACCGACGACCCCUCCUCCAUCCGCGUCACCUUCGACGGCUUCUCCACGCCCGGCCACCCGAGCGGCUCCGAGUUCGACCUCGGCUGGGUGCACGACGGGAGCGUGCACUUCAUCCUGUCGGGCAGCGAGGGCUGCUUCUCGUCCAACCAUGGCCCCGUCGCGUGGAUGCAGGAGAACCUGCGCAAGCUGGGUCACCGGCCGCUGUACCAGCUCUGCCUGCCCGGCACGCGCAACUCGGGCAUGUCGACGCUGGCGCAGCACGCGAAUGACGUGCUGGCGCCGUGGCUGCUGUGCCAGUCGCGCGAUGUCUAUGGGCAGUUGCUGGAUGGCGCGCGGUAUCUGGAUAUUCGGCCGGUCAUCGGCGCCGGAGAGCUGUGGACGGGGUACUAUGGCCGGACGCUGAAUUACUUCUGGAUGGGAGACCGUGGGCAGCGGCUGCGCGAUGUUGUGGAUGGUAUUAACCGCUUCACAGCCCGGCAUAAAGAGCUCGUCAUCGUCAACCUGUCGCACGCAAUCAAUACGGAUGUCGGCGCGACGAACUAUUGCGAUUUGUCGCAGAACGAGUGGGAUCGGGUGUUCGACGAGUUCGCGCGCCUCAACGACCGGUUCAUCGUCUGCUCCGACCAGGACGCUAUGAACCUCACGCGCCAGCCGCUGCGGAACUUCAUUGGAGACGACCGGGCUGCAGUUAUUAUCGUGGUUGAGGCGCCGAAUGUGAACUUGGGCAAGUAUGAGCACCAGGGCUUCUUUACUCACGAGGAGGUGAACGUGCACAACGACAACCCGAGCCGCGACGACUGCCACGAGAUGACACGCGAUCAGCUCCGCAAGCUAGACAUGAUGGACUCGGCGGCUGACCCGCGGCUGUUCAUGCUGUCGUGGACGCUGACGCCGCAGGUGCAGAACUUUUCGUUCUCGGGCGGCUGGGAUGCGCAGUGGCAUGGUCCGGAGUCCAAGAGGUGCGUCAGGAACAUGGCGUAUUCGGCGAACAAGGAGCUCUUCCUGAAGUGCCUGCCGCACUGUUAUGGGAGGAAUGUGCCGAACAUUUUGUUCGUGGAUUUCCUGGAGGGAAGGGAUUUCGCGGCUCUGGCUAUGGCGGUGAAUGAUCGUUGCUUCCCUGUCAUGCACCCACGGGAGCCACGGGAGUCACGGCUUUGA